AUGAUAGACAGCAAGGUCCAUGCAAGUCCUACGCUGCACAGGGAGCGAAUCUUGGCAGAAGUAAACACCUCAAUCGACCUGCUCGGCAUAGACAAGGCAAAUACCUACUAUCUGCACGAAUUUGAUCGGCAGACCCCUCUCGAGGAACAGUGCAAGGCAAUGAAUGAUGCCCAUCGGGCAGGAAAGUUCGACAAUUUUGGCUUCUCCAAUCUUGCGCCAGCAGAGGUAAAGCAAAUGGUCCAUGUUUGUCGCCGAGAGAACUGGGUCGUACCCUCGGUCUACCAAGGUCACUACAACGCUGUGGCUGGAGGCGAAGAGGAUGAACUGUUGCCUUUGCUACGUAAGCUGGAAUUGAGCUACUAUGCCUACUCUCCGGCUGCGGGAGGCCUGUUCAGUGGUACCCAGACCGGCGAUGCGGCAGCAAGGAAGCAAAGUGGUCGUUGGAAACAAGACGUAAGAGUUGUCACAGCACCUUCCUAUGGGGAGAGUUGGGAAUAUAUUUCGACGGUUCUUGUUAGGUGCUAG